AUGGGAUCCAUAUUAGGAAUUGAAACUCAUGAUACACCUGCUUAUGAUAUAAUUGCCAGGCCUACAGCCGAAUCUUUGUAUACUUUGGAAAUAUGGAAAUUACACCCACAUUUCUCAGCAUUAGUACCAUUUAAUAAAACUGAAUUAAAUUCAGCAUUUAGAGCCUUAGGAGAAUAUAUUGGAGUGGUAGGGGAUAAACCCAAAAAUAGUGCUAAUGAAGAUAUAGCUAUGAUGGUACCAAUACUAGUACAAGAUUUUGUGAAUCCUUUGGAUAAUAUUAAAUUGGAAAAUAAUACAAUUCAUAAUGCUGACUUCUUAAUGGAAUUCUUUAUACCAAAUGUUUAUAAUAAUAUAACAGAAGUACCGAGACCUUUACCAAAUCAGACAAUACAUUUAUUAGCUAGUGAAACAUCAAUAUUGGCAGUUUCAAAAUUUUCUGGUUUAAUUAGAGGAAUCACAGAACGCAAGUACCAAAUGGCCUUAAGAAAUUUAAAAAGGGAUUUAAAAGAAAUUUUUGGACAUGAAAGUGAUAUAGAUUCAGCACCUCACAGUUUAGCAGUUUAUAAUCCACCUUGGACUUUACCAUGGUUCAGACAUAAUGAGGUAUGGAUAAAAAUAGAUCAUUUCCUAAGUAUUGAGGAGAUAAAUAAGACAAUUAGUAAUCAUAGUAUGCAUCAAUUUAACUUGGUCUAA